UAAAAACGAUUUAUAGGAACAUGUGUGCCGUUGUUAAGGAAAAAGUAUGUAUAGGAAAUUCCUAAAAUAUUUUCUCUAAUUUUUCUUUUUGAAAUAAAUCAAAUUUUAUAAUAACAAAAAAAAUAAUUUCCCUGAAUAUUCACUGUAAAAAUAAUUAUGAAAUGUUGGAAGUGCAACAAUAGUAUUUUGGAAUAUGUGGAAAAUGAUUCUCAGCCUUAUUGUUUGGAAUGUUACGAAAAAUAUUUGGCUAACAAAUGCAAAGAAUGCAGCAAAAUGAUAUCCGCUGGGGAGAAGGCAAUCAAGCUCAGCGUGUUUAAUUGGUACCAUGCUCCAUGCUUUAAAUGCGUAAAAUGUAAAGAAUGCCUGGAGGAAAAGCUCUAUGAUAAAAGGAAAGGGAAACCAUAUUGCUCAAAAUGUUUUGGAGAGGCCUUCAUAGGCAAAUGCUUCGCCUGUGAUCAAGUCAUUGAACCCGGUCAAUCUAAAAUUGAAAAUGAUGGUAAAAUAUGGCACGAUAAAUGUUUUAUAUGCGUGACUUGUAAAAAACCACUGGUUGAUAUAGAUAUAUAUCCGGAUGAUGAUGGAAUGCACUGCGAGGAAUGCUUUAAGACAAAAAUCGCCGCUAUCUGCAAAAAAUGUGAUAAGCCAAUAAUGGAAAACUCUGUAGAGUUUCAUCAGAACUCGUUCCAUCCUGAUUGCUUGAAAUGCGAGAAAUGUAAAUGCGAUCUUGGCACCAAACAAGUUGUAGAAACAAAUGGCCUACCUGUAUGCUUACCGUGCUAUACCAAAUUUUUUGCGGACAAAUGCGCUAAAUGUGGUCAUCCUAUCACUACUGCCGAAGCCUUAGUUUAUGAGAACAGUAAGUGGCAUAAGCCUUGUUUCAUAUGCACUAAAUGUAAAAAGUCACUGAUCAAUCAAGGAUUUCUCACGAAAGGCCACAAUUUGUUAUGUGAAACUUGUGCUCAAAAUAAAAAAUAAUCGUUUAUUAUAUAUUACGUCUUUUAAUUCAUUUUCUCCAAAAUAUGUAUAUCAUUUCUUUUAUUCUAAAUUUGUACUAAUCUAAUAUUUUAAUUUAUAAAAUUAAAUAUUAUUUAUAAUAUAUGUUGAUA